CGCCCCUUCGGUCUCCUACCUGCUCCAAAACCUCAGCCCCUUCUCCCCUUGCUCUUAGUUCCUCCCUUCCCCUCCUGCCCCCAGCCUCCUUCCCCCUACUCUCACCCUCUCCUCCCACUGUCAACUCCCCUCCUCUCCCGCCUCUCCCCAGUUCUCAGCCCUGUUCCGCUCCUCCAGCGGAACUUACCCUCCGAGCCCUCAGCCCCUUCUUUCUCGGUUCUCCGCCCCGCCGGCGGAGAUAUCUUGCGUCAUUUCCGGGCGACACCGGAAGUAGCGAAGUUUCUGCUCCCCUAGGACCCCGGGGACCGGUUCCCGGUCGCGGCGCCCUCGGACCGUAAGGACGCGAUGGCAGCCGUUCUCUUUAGGUCCCGAGCGGCCUGGGCAGUGUCCCUGUCAGUGUCCGCUCGCGGCCUCGGGGUCAUGGGCGUCCCGUGCGCGGCGAAAAUUCACACAGGUUUGGAGCACAGGUUGCAUCUGCGCUAUGGGCCCCUGGCGUACAUACUCGGGGAGAGGACGUUGAAGAGAUUCAGCAACAAAAGCAAAGUGAUCACCGUGGAAGGCAACGUGUGCGCCGGGAAGAGUGACCUGGCGAAGGACCUGGCCGAAAAACUAGGUUUGAGACACUUUCCUGAGGCCGAUAUACAUUAUGCAGAGAAGACUUCCGGUGACGGAAGCAUUCUGAGUCCCGAGCUGGGUGGCAAUUGCAGUUUGGAGAAAUUUUAUGAUGAUCCCAGGAGUAAUGACGGCAACUCCUAUCGCCUGCAAUCCUGGCUCUAUGCCAACCGCCUUCUGCAGUAUUCUGAUGCCCUGGAGCACCUGCUGAGCACAGGACAGGGCGUGGUCUUGGAGCGCUCCAUCUUCAGCGACUUUGUCUUCAUGGAGGCCAUGUUCAAGCAAGGAUUCAUCCGAAAGCAGUGUGUGGAGCACUAUGAGGAAAUCAAGCGUCUCACUGCCCCUGAGUAUUUACCUCCUCAUCUGGUGAUCUUCAUUGACAUGCCUGUCCCGGAGAUCCUGAAGCGGAUUCAGGAGAAGGGAGAUCCCCACGAGAAGAAGAUCACAGCCGCCUAUCUCCAGGACAUUGAAAAUGCCUAUAAGAAAACCUUCCUUCCAGAAAUGAGUGAAAAUUGUGACGUUUUACAGUACACGUCAAAGGAAGCGAAAGAUGUGGAAAAGGUUCUGGAAGAUAUCGGCUACAUCAAGUUUGAUAAGGGCCCUUGGCCGAAGCAGAGCGAGCGUUCCUUGUACCACUUGAGGUCACUGGUCCAGGACAAAUACGAGGUGCUGAACUUCACCACGGUGCCCAUCUACCUCCCGGAAAUCACCAUCGGGGCUCACCAGUGCGAUCGGCUCAAUCGGCAGUUCAAAGAGAUGAAAGGGCGCAAAUAUAAGCCGGGCUACAAUGCUGACGUGGGGGACAAGUGGAUCUGGCUGAAGUGAAGGCCUUCUCCCUCGCUGGAACAGGGACAGCCCCGAUGGGAAGAGAGCCUCCAGGUACAUGAUGGGAGAAGGCCUGGACCUCCCAGAGAACCACCAGGCAUCAGGCCCCAAGGGGGGGCCUCUUUCUCUUAGAAUCCCCAGCAGCCAUUCGUUUAACAACCCCAAAAUGCCUCCUUCCCUUGGCCCUGGCCUCUGGCCGCUCUGGGUUCUCUAUUCUGCUUCCUCAGACUUCCAAGAAAUAAAAGCUUUUCUGUGGAA